AUGCCCUCGUUUGCUUUCUGGAAAAGCUCCAAGCCGGAUGAGGCCAAGGCGCCGCUACUGAGUGAUGCCGCUGUGGCUGCUGAGUUGAGUGCCAUCGUGCCGGGCGCCUCGAGGGGGGUCGACCUCAAUCCGGGCAAUCAAGACUCCGGAGUUUUUCUGUUUGACGACGACGCACAGGAGAUCUCGGAAGAUCACGCCCUGGACGCCGAACCGAUACCACUGCCGAUGACUGAGGUUUUACUGGAAGAGCAUGAACAAACGACAACUGAAACACUGGUUACGGAUGAGUCACUACUGGACAGUGAUGAGCCGUCUCCGCAUCCAGAAACACCAUCUCUUGUUCCCGAGCAGCCACUGCAGACUGGCGCCAGCAACGUCAGCGAGCAUUCGGCAGCAGAGGAGACUGCACAGAAGCCAGAGGAAUCUCAAAUAGACUCACUUCAGCUGGAGCAACAUGAGACUGCUGUCGAGUCGAGUAAGGACGAAGAGUCUCAUUCUCCGUCAUCAUCACCACCUGUGUCCCUCGUACCCAAAGAGCUAGGCCCCAACUUGUCGGUCGAGAAACGACUGUCUCCCACGGCAUUGGUGAAGGUCGAAACACGCAUGCGUGAUCGAGACUCCGGCGUGUACAUGUCCGACAGCGAAAGCUCUCCAGCCCGCUCACGACCAUCGUCUAUCGCUUCGAACGACAACGUCCUUGCACGAUCCCGAGUAUCGUCCCUCUCAAAGCCCACCGCCGCGUCGCCGCAGCGCACGAAUUCGAUUGCCCGACUGCAACGUCCCGCCGAGCUAAACCUUGGCUUCAACAGUGCACCAGACGCAGCGAAGCCACGUUCCGAGCUUGAUUUGCGAUACGACCUUAUUCGAAACUCCAAAACUCAAUCCAAGGCCGCGUUGCGGUCACCCACACAGCUCUUACAAGACCGACUGAACAUGUCGCCGAGGAAGAAAGACGUAGAGGAGAAGGUUCGCGUCUUCACGCCACCGCGUGCAACGGCCAAUGGCUGCAUGUUGCCUGGACCAGGCGCCCAAACAGAGGCGUUCACUAGCACAUCUGUCCGCGCACGGACAGAGGCAGGAGGACGGCCGGCUUGGUGGUGCAAGUUCGACAAGCUUGUUGUCUUCGACGGUCUCGAACAGCAAGGUAGUGGCGAGCUGGGGCUGAAAACGCGCACAAGCAAGGGCCUGAGCAUCGCAAGAAGGCUGGGCGAUCUAGAGACUGUUGUCAUUCCACUGGAUUGUCCUCACUGUCAUGAGAUGCUCAAUCGACACGAGUGGAAAUAUGACAUGCGAGUAUGCAAGCGCAGCGUCUGCUGGGACUGUAAAGAGAGGUGCAAGUGGGAGUUGGAACAGGAGAAGACUGCGAGUGUGUAUACACCACACACAGAAGCUAACAGAGAGAGAGCAGACAGUAUGCUCCAAGACGAGCAAAGUAGGCAUUACGGCAUGGCAAAAGGAGUGGCAGUUUAG